CUCACACAGGUGGACUAGUCACACAGGUUUGGGUUAGAAACCUUAUGUUCACUUUUGUUUGAGGGCGAUGUAGCUAUUUGGAAAGUUAACAUGAAGACAGUCGCAACUGUAGCGCUUCUACAACUGUGUUUAUCUGCAACAGCGGCAGUUUCGGUUAAUGGCUCCACCGGAACGGCCCUGACGGCCGCACCGGGCGAUAUCGCUCUACUUCCGUGUUACACCGACGGUAAUGUAACACCGACUUUAACGACAUGGAUGAAAAAUGGACGAGAAGUCAGUCGAGGUGUCGGUUCCUCGCCGAGCCCUUCACCCGCCGGACAGCGCCUCACAGUGCUGCAUGAUGGGAGUCUGAACAUCAGGGGCGUGAUGCCUGGAGAUGAGGGUAGCUACCUGUGCAACUCCACGCUGCCUGGCAACAACUCCUAUCGGGCAAGUGUCCUGCUUCAAGUAACCAGUGGUCCAGAAAAUGUAUCUGCAUCCAUCGGUCCAGCCACUGCCCUGUCCAAUGGGACACUCAUCGCCUAUCGGGGUUCCACCGUCUCCUUUAACUGCUCCGGCUCCUCCUACCCCUCUCAGCAGCUGACCUGGGCCUUCAGAGGAGCUUCGUCCAGCAACGAGUCGCUGGUUUCAACCUCUGGAUCCUGGCUUGACUUCAGGAUAGAAGACAUUCAGCCCAGUGCUCAGGGGAUUUACAGCUGCGUGGCCCACAACACCUUCUCUCAUCAGGCAGUCAAUAAGAGCACACAGCUGCUAGUAUACUAUGUCCCAGACAGACACCCUGAGUGUAUGUGGGCACCAGCACUGGACCCCUCCCAUGUCAAAUUCACCUGCACCUGGUUUGGAGCGUAUCCCACCCCGACGCUGCGCUGGGGGAAAGACCAGGGUGACCAAGGAUCUCACUGGAAAGGACACGUUUAUGCAUCGGAAGUGAUGGACAGCCUGUCAGUGACACUGAACCGCUCCAUGCUGUCCGACGGGGAGAUGCUGAGGUGCAUGGCCCAGCACCUAGCGCUCGCUCCAGGAAAGGAGAAGUCGUGUUCGUUUACUCUCAAGCCUCCAUUCCCUGAAGGUGAGCCGCUGGCUGCGGCUCUGGAGGCGACCAGUGUAACUCUAACCUGCACUGAGGCCGUGUCCACCCCCCCUGCAAACACCACCUGGAAAAAAGGGCUCCAGCAGGAGGACAUUGUACCCGGAUCGAAGUACGUCCUGUCUGAGGAUGGCCCCGUCUUCAAACUGACAAUACUCAACAUCAGCAAGGACGACGAAGGCGUCUACUUCUGCCGCAGCGAGAACCCCCUCGCCAUCCGCGAGCUGGAAUUUUACCUCACUGUGAGGACCUCCUCUGCAUACACAGGAGUGGUCAUCGGUAUUUUUAUAGCUGCACUGAUUGUGGGAUCAGCCGCAAUCAUAGCUAAAACUGUUUACUCCAGCCGCCACCGGAUUUGCCUGGGAAGUGGCUUUGGGCAAAUGGAGGAGGACAGAGGAGACGUGCUGAGUCUGGUGGAGUCAGACGACGAGCAGAUCUUUCAAGACGCUGUUCCCCGGCUGCCUCCGUUAACCAACGGAUGCCACACAACGCUGGUCCAGAUACAUCGAAUCCCAUCGAGCGAUCACGAGGAUGCAGAAACUGCUGACACAAGCCCCCAGCAGCAGGAGGAAACUGUACAGAUAGAAGAGCCAGGAGAUCUUGUAACAUUUUAGGUAUCGGGUGUUUUUAGAUAAGUGUUAUUUUAGGUAAAUACCAUUUACUCCCAAUGAGAAUGUGAACAGAAUCGAUGGAAGACACAAAUUUUUAAAAAAGCAACAAAAAAUCUCUUAAUUUGUUUUUUGUUUUUUGUUUUUUAAACAGGGUUUUGUAAGCGUAUUUCUAUGAUUGAUUUGUUUGUACAGCAUUUUAAAUGUGUUGCUCUGAUAUUGAGAUUCAUGCAGUAAAUGAAGCUGUUUAACCAAAAUGUGAUUGUUGAAAAAAAUGGCUUUGGUCAUCCGUAACUUACUCCCUAUUCAUUGAUGCAUGUAUUUCUCCACCCUGUAUUGUACACACAGCAUCUACUAUGCAUACAACUAUGACUAUCCCAGACUAGACUGGAACCAUUUUUUGAAAUGUGGUGGAGUCAGUCUGUCAGUCGUCUUAUGUUGCGUAGAAUGUAAUGGAGGAUAAAAACUCAGUUUUCUCGCCUGCUUGAAAUUACUUGAAUCCAGCAAAGUUUACAUGAGAUCUGGUCGAUAGUGAGAGUGAAAUAUCAUUUUAUUUUUGAUUCAGUAUGUCAAUAUUGGUAAUAUAACAAUAUUUUGGAUAUGACUGUUCUUUUUAAAUAUUUAAACUAGAGAUUUGUGAUAUGAUAUGAGAGUAAAAUCACUGGCAACCUGCAUAUAAAUAUUGAGUUAUACAUUUUGCUAGCAGUGUAGUAAGUUUAAAAUUGUGUUACUUAACUAACGCAAUGUGUUGAAUUGAAUAUCUUUGGAUUUUGGAUUUUUGGACGAGGACAUUUGAUAGAGCAAAUGAUUCAUCGAAAAAAUCAUCAGAUUCAUCUGUAAUAAAAAUAAUAGUUGCAGCCCUAAAAUGAAUAAAGUAAUGUUUUAAGUGAAUGAA